AUGCUCGGCACUGAUCUGGGCUUGGCCCAGCUCACGCCGUACGAUGGCCGGGUCAACUCGAGCGCGUACGGAUUUGCAAAGAAGUGGCUCGAUUCCUGCCGACUUCUCGAUGCUGAACAUGACCCAGGACCAGCAGCUUUCGGGCCCUUUCUGACCAAGAGGGCGAAAGCUGUCUGGGACGAGAUGCCCGAGGCUGAUUUCCGAGGGGCAAUCCGAGAUGUGCUCGGCAGAUGGGCAAUUCGACUACGCGACAGUGCCGGUCGGAAGAAGGAGUCGCGGAAUGCCCUACGUAAUAUCCGAAUCCGCCUUGAUUCAGAUUUAUGGGCCGUAUAUGACCAAUUACUUGGACUCGUAGAGGGACGAGGAGCCGACUGGGAACAACUCGAUCUUGAAGCCCGAAAGGAACUCCUAGCUCGGCUACCGCCCGAACUUGACGAUUUUGUCCAAUCCAGCCAGAACCCGGAGCUCAAUGAGCAAACCUCCACCACGGAAUUGUUGACAAGAUUGGCCGGUCAGCAGCAACACCUCGAGAAGAAGGCGAGCGUGAAUUCCGUCACAACCGACAUCAUCAAGAAGCUGACCGAGAAGAUCAACGCGCUUCAAGUACAACAGCCAAACGCCAAUCAGCAAAGAGUGGAUCGCGCUCAAACGGAAGGUUCUGGACGCGGAUUCUCGAGCCGAGGACGAGGACGUGGUCGAUGGCCAGGAAGAGGCGGUCGAGGCGGAAACCGUGGUUCCGGAGGAGGCUUUCGAGGAAACCGCGGAGGUUAUCAAGGACGUGGGGGAUGGUGGCCGAACGUUUGGCAAGGACCACAAGGAUGGUGGCAACAAGGCGGCCCAUCCCAAGGACAAUUCCUGCCGCAGAAUCAAUGGCAGCAGAAUCAAGGCUUUCCUCAGAACCAGAACCCACAGCCCCAAGGCCAAUUCCAGGCGAGAAACGCCACUUACCAUGUCACGGAUGAUCUAGAAUAUCCGGAGGUGUAUGUCGAGCCCACCCCGCAACAAAGCCAGCGCAACCGCGGAAACGGAAUCUGGAACUUCACAACGAUCUGCAUGAUAGUGGCAUUGAUCUGUUUCCCGGUCGUGAGCGGACUGACAGCGGUGAACUGCUUGAAGACGGCGAAUCCAAGGCUGAUCAACCUGCCGGAUCUAUCAGAUUGCUCCCUGAGCCAUCAAGGAGUUCGAUGGACGGCGAAAGUCUACGAACGGAACGAGAACUUCAAGAAAGUUCCAAGCUUUCAUUGCUCGGUGGAGCAAGUGAGGGCUUGCCGUCGAGCGUACUUGGGGAUAUUCGAAAGCGGAGAAGCCACCCCCAGUGUUCCGGAUGAGAUCUCAGCCGAGGAAUGUCGCCACGCAGUGGAAAAAGGAACUAUCGAAAACAGGAAAUUGAUUGGACGGUCACAACAUUUUUGGUCUACGGAUCAAGAUGACUCACCUACGACACCUUGGUGGGGAGAGCGAUGCGUAGAAGUCCGUCGCUUUGAGGUCACCGAAGGGGAAGCUUGUCGCGGUCAAGAUGAGAUCAUAUUGACCAUAACGCCUGGUCUAGCCCCAUUGGACAAGAACGAGAUCCGACUUUACAACGGAAUCACCGUCUGGGGAGACCUGAGCGAGACGAAAUGUGACUACAAAUUCAUCAAGCUCGCUGAUGUCUUAACGGAUUAUUCCCGAGUCUAUCUUCAAGAAUUGGGAUGGAUAGAUGGGCUAACAUCUGAAGAGCCCGUCGAAAAAUGCGAGCAAAUCGGGUAUGAAACAUCCGGAGGACUCUUUAUAGUCCGGGAAAAUGGCAAACAGAAGCGAGAGGCGCCCCCAAACGGCAAAGCGAUUGCACUCCCGCAAAUCGCCUUCGAAUACAACCCACUUCUCGACCCCGAAUUUGAUUUAAAAAAAUCAGUCGGCGAUAUUGAUCAGAAUGCAAAAGCCCUGCAUCGUAUUGGAAACCAAGUGGAGCAAGUGAAUGGGUCUACGUUCUACAGGAUCAGUCGGGCCUGGCAACAAAUUGAAGCAUGGAAUAAGACGUGGAUCGAGAAAGAAUUAGCCGAUUUUUACAACUACCAAAAGAACCAGAAUGUGGUUGGUAGGCUGCGAGAAUUAGAACGGAAAGUGGAGGACGCCAGGCUCCAGGCGAAUACUCCAGCACCCGAAACGAUCACGACGACAAUAUCCAGCAAAUUGGCAAGCGAAGAGGCGACACGCGCAAAAACGCUCAGAGACAUCAUCCAAAGGCUAGAGAAAUUGGAGGCUAAGGAAGACCCGAUCCCUCCAAACACAGCUGGUUUGGAACUCAAACUCAAGGAGAUGAUGAAACGGCUGGAGGAUCAGAAGACGGUUGAUGACAACCUCAAGGAGCUUAUUCAGGAGUUAAGGGAGCAACUCGAUCUGUUAGCGACACCGGAGCCUCAGGCAAGCAUCCAUGAUCCGUUUGAAGUCGAAUGUAACCGACAGGCAGAGGAACUUCGCUAUUGGAAACUUCAAUUAGCCGUGAAUCCGACAUAUGCGUCGCGAAAACUGCUUGGGAAAGCAAAUUUGUUGGCCCAAAUGAUCGAUGAAAACCGGUUCAUCGUGAGUGAGUGCCAAACAAUCGAGCUCACCGAAUCCAUUGUAAUCAAAACCCAACGGGUAGAAGAACGGUGUUUCGCGGAAGUCCCAAUCAAGCAUGAAGGCGAAAUUAAAUUCCUGAAAGUGCCGGAAAUGGAUAUCGUUCCGAACGGCACAGAGAUCAGUUGCCGCGGAAUGAGGAUCGCACCAGCCGUAUUGUAUAUGGACUUCAAAGCAAACAAUGCCAAGAAACCACUGGGAAAUUCAAAUCUCGGAAAGCGAAUGGCACGGCAAGGCCUAUCCGAUGGUCCGAGAAAAUGGGUAAACACACCGAUCCAGUGGAUGAAGGACAUUCAAUCGAAAUACCGGCAAACUACGGAUGGAGCAGGCGACCUGAUUGACGAAGUCAAGAAUUAUACCAGGACUGUCGUUGACAAGGCCAAAGACACCGCAGGACAAGCAAUGGAGAAAGGCAAAGUGGUGCUCAAGGACGCUCUAGCGGAAGUCAAAAACCUCGACGAAAUCGCUGACAGGAAUCGUGCGCAGCAUCUUACCUCAACACAC